UAAACGUCAACCAAAGAUCAAAGCUGUCAAAAUUGUAAUGUGUUAAUACCGUUUAGUUUUAUUUCAUCGAUGUUGAGGUCAAAAUUCUACGUGUAGUUUUUGAUAAUUAUGAAAAAAUCCUGAAAAAUGGGUGACGCGCAACCAGCCCAGCAGCAGGGCAAAAAUAACAUGGACUUCUACAUCAGGCUUGCGAGACCUCUCAUAUUCAACCUACCAGAAGCUCAAGAUCGAGUUCUAGCUUCAGCAUGGGUUAGGAAAAUCAAAGACGCAGACAUGGGUAGAGAAAAGCUAAGGACUGAUUAUAUCAAGCUCCUACUUUUCGCUUUACAACGUAAGAAAUUGGUGGGCAUCUUUUCCGAAGAUCCUACUGGCUAUGAAAAGUUGGAGGAGUUCCCAGAAGAAUAUGACUUGAACGAAAUGGCAAGGCAAAUCCUGCUAAAAGAAAAGAAAGAACGUAUACAGAGGAUCAGAAGACAGCUCAGAGGACAAACAGGAGAUUAUCCUCCAUAUUCUACUGACCUUUCUCCAGACUUGCGGGAAUAUGUCGCCGCUCAAGAUAUUCCUGGAUUCGGCGUUCAUUGCUACUACGCUAUCUCCAAAGAUCCUGUCAAUACCUGGUUAAAGGCUGAUAAGGGAGUCUUCCCCAAAAUGGCAAAAAGUGCUGUGGACACUAGUGGACCAACGCCUCCAGGAACUACUUUAUCUGAUUCUUGCAUUUGCAAACCUGGUGAAGACCCUAAAGAGCCUCUUGGAGAAUGUAAAGCAAUCCAAUUACAACAACAACCUGCUCCGAAAAAGAAAAUGAACAAGAAGCUGGGAAAAACACCUCCGACAGCCCCACUGGGCAAGAUGCCGGAACCAGAUGACAGAACUCCACCACUCUGGGGUUCUAACUUGCUAGAAGUUAGAGAUGUCGAUAAUAGUGAUCUCUUGCCAGAAGUAGAAGCUCCUGCAGAUGCUAGAGAUCGUGAAGAAGAAGAGGCCCUGAUGCGUGAAAUGGGAUUCGUCGUGGCCGACUACAUGUCAGGCGAGAUCAUUACACGUGGCCACAGGACAAAGAGAAAGAAGAAGCCUCCAGAACGCGACCAAGAACAAGAAGGUGGAUGGGAAGGAGAAGGAGGGGAAGAAGAAGAAGGAGGAAUUGAGGGUGAGGCAGAGGAAGAAGAGAGCGCUGACACUGCAAAGAGGAGAGAAGAAAUCAUGCAGGAUGCUAAGCUGCUGGAGUAUUUCAAGGGGAAAUUGGAAAAGGCCCAGCAUAAGCAGAAGAUGAUGAAGUUCAGUGAAAAGCUAGGAGAAGCAGUACCUGCACGGUCAGGAAUUCCAGUUACAACGCCGAAACCGUCAGUUCUUCCUCAGAGAAUUCCAAACGCAGAGAUGUUGCUUUCUUCGGGAAUACCGGGAGCAGAAGCUUUGCCUCCUGGAGAGCAGCUGCGUCUACCUGAACCGAAGCCGCUCCCUCCAGGCAAAGAUGAGCCGAUGUUCAGGAUGUACGAAAAGAUUACAGGCGCCAUCGAAGUUGACGAGCAGAUAAAGAUGAUCUUAGACAGAGCGGCCAAACAGCAGGCCUUGCUUGAUAUGAACGGAACGGACGAAGACGGGAUGGGCAUGCCAGCGGAUCAAGUGGACGCAGAACCACCACCGGAACCGAUCAAACCAAUCCAGCGUGGUUCUCCGCAGGCUACAGGAAUCAUUGGCAUGUUCAUGGAUUCCAUGAACGAACAGCAGCCUCCUCCAAGGCCGGUGGGGCCCCCGCCACCCCAUCAACAAGAGCCGAAGAUGAACGAUGAGGAAGGUAAAGGAAUGAAGCCCAAGAGAAAGAAAGAUGGAAAGCCUCAAAAAGCCACAUACGAGCCUUCUGGAUCGCCAGCUACCGAUCAACAAAUUAAGAACAUAAUGGACAGAGCUGCCCAACAGCAAAGCUUGCUAGAUCAGCAGAAAUUUGGUUCCCCAGGAGCGCAAGCGUUCAGCAGACUUCUAGAUACAGCUCAAGGUCAAGACAUCAUGGAUGAGGCGAUAAAUUUCCCUGCAUCUCCGCCUUGUCCUCUAACUUGUCCCGGUUCACCAGGUCGCUUGGGUAUGUACCUAAAUGAAAGCCGCUUUACAAAAAAAAAAACGUUAAAAGAAGAAGCGACAUUUCCAUUUGGUAAAAGUUGUAAGGGAAGUCACUUGUUAUACAUGUUGUCUAUCUCAAGGCUCCCCACUCACGUCUAUAUACAAUGUGUCCCAGAAGUCGGAAACUGGGGAUAGGCCGACUCAUAAUAGUAACCAUGUAAAAAUAUAAAAGAUAGCUAAAUCGUGUACUUUUCAUAUUUUACAUAUGCUUUAAGAAAAUCGCAAAAAUCUUCA